CUUAAUAUUGAUUUAUGUUGUGAUUUUGUUUAAAAAUUUAUUAAAAUUUAGUGGUAUUAUUCAACUAAAAUUUAUAAUGGCUCAAGGAAAAAUGAAAGUCAAGACCAACUUUGAAAGAAAACCAAAAAAGGCUCAUAAGCCGCUUGGGCCUAAAAAAGGAGCAAAAGUUAUCGCGCCUAAAAAAGCAGUCCGAAUAAAAGAAAAUAACUUGAAAUCGGUUCUACAGAAGUCAAUAAAUGCAUCUAUCGAACGAGAAUUAGCAAAUAAAGCUGGAACAAGAAGUCUGUCAGUUGUCAGAGUCGAAUCAACAGAUGCCGAUGCUAGUGAAAAAGUUGGCAAUAAAAAGCUAAAUAAAAAAAAAUGAGAUAUAGUAAAAUAAAUAAACGAAAAUAAAUAAAUAAGUUUA